AUGGAUUCUUCACAGAAACGUAAUCACGUUGUAUCCAAAAAUCGUAAUUUAAAGAUGAAGAAGGAUUAUAUUAGGAUUGAAAGUAAUAAAAGCCGUAACCAGGUCCAUGAUAAGAAGCAGCGUUUUCAUAAGUUAUUGGAAAGGCAGAAGGAAAUCGAACAGAGUAAAGCAGAAAAGCGCAAGUUGAUUGAAUCGAAGCGCCAGGAAAGGGAUAUGAAACGUAAACAGCGAAAUAAGGCUUGGAGUAAAAUGAACAAGAAAGGUCAACCGAUCUUGAAGGAGCGUAUCAACUACCUGCUUAAAGAACUCGAGAGUAUGAAUAAGUGA